AUGCAGCAUAGCAAAAGAACUAAAAAGAAGAGAGUGCGUAUGAGUGAGGAAGAGACAAGGAAAAGGAAAGGGCAAAACCCCAAGUACAGCAAACUCUGCAGUUGUAGAGGAAAAAAAAAAAAAACGUGUACAUCCAGCUAUAUGAGCAUAAAGUUGACUUACAAUCUGGUUCAAAUCCUGCUGGGAUACAGGUCCGGGUCUGUUGGGUACGGCUGGUGUAGCGCCACCAGAGGAAGGUCCACUGGAUAUAGGUUGCUGAUGUUGAGACGGCAUUGUAACUCCAUUACCAGGACCAGUGCUGGCACUCCUGGGGCCAGGGCUGGGUGCUCCAGCAGGUCCCGACAUAUUGGAGAUUUUUUGAUAUCUUGUCAAGGCGAUCCUUUCUCUGUAUUACGUGGGUAUUAA